AUGGCCAUCAAUGCGGUUCGCUCGGAGCGGAGGACAGAUGAGUACUUGAAGCUCAAGCAGAGCACGGACGAAGUGGUAGCUCCCGGGCACGGACACCCGGGCGCUGAAGGCCUCCUCCGAGGCGCUGGCACCCUUCAUGAGCAUGCAGGACCGGGUCCUCAACCCCUUGCCGUGGUCCAAGUGCACGCCCGGGCCGGGGUCCUAUACCAAAGAUUUGCAUGGGCUCUCGGUGCCACCGCAGGUCUUUCACAGAUGCCCUUCAAGUCUAAGAUGAAGCGCAUGGCAGCUUCGACCCCGGGAUCGACGAUCUUUACGGAGUCCACCAUUGCCAAGAAUCCAGGCCCUGGGACCUACCAUCCAAAGGAGCUGGGCUCAGAGCCUGCGUUAGAGAUGCAGCCCGCGGUGAAGCCCAUCCUCAAGGACCAGGAGAAGACCACACCGUCGAUGCCACCCAUGAGGUACUUACCAGGCCAGGUUCCCAUGACGGAGGCCGCGGCCGCCGACCUCUCGAAGUUGUCGAGCCGUCACACGGGCGAGCCGGGUGAUAUGGCAGGGCCUGGCACUUACGAGCUCCAGUCCCGGUUGAUCAAAGACAGCCCCGUCCCUGUCUUCAGAAAGCCGCCUGGACGUCAUUUCCGAAAACUAUGGGAGGCUUCCGCGGCCAUUGAGUCCAAGAUGCCUCCAAAAGAUUUGCCUGGACCGGGUGCAUACGAACCUGAGGUCAAGGACUCUGCGAAGGGCGCGGCCAGUCAGUUCAACUCCAAAGUGCCAAAGAUACCCAAGGACAGCUCCAAGACACCGGGCCCAGGUGCCUAUGAUGUGCUUGGGCACAUUGAGAAGGCCUCUGCUGAGACGCAGGACCGGAAGCGAAUGAGGCCUUGGCUUUGGCUCCCUGACGGAGCGCGUGGGCUGGUCCCGAGAUGUGAAGCAUCCCUACGCGGAUCCUUACAACGUGGUCCAUGUGCCUGGACCAGGACAUUACACCGAUGGUGCCAGUGUCAAGGACACGCAGGAGAGAGAGAAGGUCGUGCCUGA